CACAAAACACAAAACACCUCUAAACAAAAAUAGGCAGGUGAACAAAUAGAGAGAGAGAGGGGUUGACCGGCAGCAACCUGAGAGCAAAUGACGGCGGCGACCGACUGAAGGACAAUCGGCAGCGAGGCUUUGGGGUUCGACAUCGAGAAGGGCGAUCUUCGGCAAGAAACAACGAUGAGUGACUGGAACUGGAAGCGAUGGAUCGGCGGUCGACAGCGAUGGAGCACCUGGAGCAGCAACGUGAACGUACGUGAGUGACAACGGAUUCAAAGAAACAACGCGAAAGAAGGAGAAGAAGAAAAGAGAGAGAACAAUAGGGGGUUUGGCCACAUGCAACAUGGGGGUCCGACCAGCCUUCGGCCUUCGGGAUGCAUGGGCAGCUAUUGUUAGAAAUGCAUUUCCAUCUAAUUUCAGUGAAUUGCAAAACAACCUCGAUACGUUUCACAAUUUAUAGAAAACAGUCCGAAAAUCAUUUCGGGCCAUUUUCGCCGUCUCCAAAACGGCGUGUCCAACAUGUUUCUGUGCAACUUAGGUGAUAUAAAUAUUUGCUUGGAACUGCAUGGCGGACGUAGUGGCGCUGACGUGUCCGCCGGUCGCUUGCCGCCUUCAGCUGGUGUCCUCGAUCUUCAGAUCCGAUGCCGCUUGGGACAAGUUUCUGCCCUCCGAUUACAACGACAUUCUCGCUCUUGCCGUCCUCGAUUCUUCGUCCUCCAUCACUGGCUCUCCCAUCAUUCUUUUCUCGUCGACCUUGUCACUAACUAAGAACGCGGGGAAGACAAUUGGCAGUGCUACAGAGAUAAACAGACUUUAUUACUUCAAUGAAGAUUUCUUCGAUAAUAAAAAAGCUCAUGGAUUAAGUGGAAAUUGGUGCUCAAAACAAUAAAGAACAUGAUGCUUCUAGUUCAUAGGUGCCAAGCAUAAUGGAGUUGGAACCAGGGGGAGAAUUACUACAAACAGAUCAAAGCAAUUCGAAACUUGAGCUUCAGUUUUAUAUCAGAAGAAAAUCUCAGAGAAAUGCUAUUGAUCCGAAUAUCCUUCCAAUAACUAAGCAGUUGGCAUCUUUGGAUGAUGGUCAUUCUUCCACUCAGGGAAUCAGGAUGCUCUAGGUGAUCCGAAUUGGAAGCUAGCCGUAAAGGAGGAGAUGAAUGCUCUUAAAAAGAACAGGACUUGGGAGAUCGUGGAGCUACCGAGAGGCAAGACACUGUAGGCUGUAAAUGGGUCUUCACUGUAAAAUCUUGGAUGCGGUGUUGGAGCUAGAACCAAUGAGUCCAUACAACCGCCUUCUGUUACAUCUUCUUGCAGACAUUUUUGGGCUUUCCCAUCAUUCUGUUGGAGAAGGUGACGAACGCCACUUACUUUUGGAGCGGUCUCCAGAGACAUCAAUACUACCCAUUCUUGUCAGUGAUCUACUGUGGCAGUAUGAUAAACUUCAUCCUCCAACAACAUCACACCAACUAUUAAGGAGAAGUGAAGCUUCCCCAGUAGCGAAGGUAGAAAAAUCUGCGAAUCAAUUUUCACUCAAGCACAUGCUCUUGGGCAACGAAUUAGCCCAUCCAAUCAAGCAGUCAGCCUUAAGGAUGCUAAAGAAAAUGGACAGCAAAGUAAGGGGACAAGCAUUCAAGGGAAGGAACAAGAGAAUACCAACUUGAGGAUAAAGCCUGGCCGGGAAAACAAUAUCUUGUCUGGCCAAACUGUGACUCUAUAUCAUAAACCCAAAGUUAGAAACUUCAAAGGUGGUGCAUCAUUGCAUGAUGAGAAGAUAAUGGCACCUAGGCAAGCUGAUAAAACCGCCAUUGAGCCCAGGCUGUCUCAACCACGAAGAAGCGAAGCAGGUGUUUACAGAGGCAAUUUGAAAGAGGAGCAUAUGGGAGCAGCAAAGAGAAUCUUUGCCCAUGCCAUGCGAUUUCAUUCUGUGAAAGAAGGAAUGCUUUCCAGACGCAAUGGAGUGAAUCAGGACAAAUAAACUUCGAUUGGUAGAUUCUCAAUGCUGCAAAGCAGCCUCUGAAAUCACUUGCUAUCUAGAUGCGGAGCUCUCAAGCCUUUUGCUACAAGACCAACGGAUCAUCGAAAGACCAUAGAAAAUGUCUUGAGACUGUGAGGAUAUUCUCCGAUAAGACGUAACAGGAUAAAGAAUGAGGUUAACCUGGAGUUUGAUGUUGGCAGGCAUCACACUCACUCAAGAUGCCACAUGCAAACUUUUGUUUGUGACAGGAAGGUGGUGGAUGGAUGAGUGUUAGUGGACUGGAGUGGGUCGGGCGUGUGGUUGUGGAACUGGAGAUGAUAAUGGACUUCCACCCCUUUUGAAAUUGCUUCAGUUAAUCAUUCAUUCAUGGCGGCAGUAUGUUUUUGCAUCUUCUAAUGUUCUCAGGCCUUGUUUCCUCAAGAUCCUGGUUUGUUGUCUUUGAUUGUGUGUUCUAGGUGAUGCGCCCAGACCUAGCUUGUCCUCUUGUUCAUCUAUUAUGGUGGUUGCGUUACAUAUCUUCUUUUGGAGCGAUUGGCUAGUGUUAACCUUUGGCUGUGAGUACAUGGGAUUGCAGUCCCUAGAACAACGUCCUGAAUAUGGGUAAAGCGGCGGAUCCACUGUGUCCACUUCUGGUAUUUCCCUAUAAAUCUUUUUAUGGUUUUUUCAAUUUUAUCCUAUUCUUUUUAUGAUUCACUGUGUCCAGUCCACUUCCGGGACUGGGGCUGGGUCUCCAAUCCCUUUCCCUUUUACCCCAUUCUUCUUUAAAUCUCUUUCAAUUUCAAACAUCCUCACCCCCUUCCUUUCCCCCAUCGCUUUAAUCCAAAAAUAACGUUGUUUGUUAAUUGAAGAACCGUACCUUGGAUUGCGAUUCUUCAGUAAACUAGUUGGUUAAUUAGCAA